AUGGCGGGAACCUCUGUUACAGCAGCAGCAGCAGCAGCAGCAGCAGCCUGUUGCCGCUCCGUCACCUCCGACGUCCAGACCAACACUGACUCUCUCCUUCGUCCCUGCCAUUCCCCACACACUCCCAGUACAGCCCCUUCCCCCCUGUAUCCUCACCAGCCCUUCCCGCCACCCCACCAGGAUCCUACCUUACACCUCCUUCAGGAUCGUUCCAAACCUUAUAGGAUCGUCCCCAACGUACAGGAUCGUCCCCAACCUUUCAGGAUCGUCCCCAACCUUCCAGGAUCGUCCCCAACCUUCCAGGAUCGUCCCCAACCUUCCAGGAUCGUCCCCAACCUUCCAGGAUCGCCUCCAACCUUCCAGGAUCGUCCCCAACCUUCCAGGAUCGUCCCCAACCUUCCAGGAUCGCCCCCAACUUUCCAGGAUCGCCCCCAACCUUCCAGGAUCGUCCCCAACCUUCCAGGAUCGCCCCCAACCUUCCAGGAUCGCCCCCAACCUUCCAGGAUCGUCCCCAACCUUCCAGGAUCGUCCCCAACCUUCCAGGCUCGUCCCCAACCUUCCAGGCUCGUCCCCAACCUUCCAGGAUCGUCCCCAACCUUCCAGGAUCGUCCCCAACCUUCCAGGAUCGUCCCCAACCUUCCAGGAUCGUCCCCAACCUUCCAGGAUCGCCCCCAACCUUCCAGGAUCGUCCCCAACCUUCCAGGAUCGUCCCCAACCUUCCAGGAUCGUCCUGGAAGGUUGGUGACAUAA